ACACAUGAGCAGAAACAGCUGGGCAGAGGAGACAGCUGUGUCCUCACAAACUCCAGCCAACAGGCCAGAGAAGUUGGGAACAAAUGCCUGACUUGCUGGUGCUGGGAAGGUGUGGACUACCAUGGGAAUAGAUGACUUACCUGGGCGUGUCGACAAACCCACAGGUAAUUUCGACACUCUUUCCUUGCUUUAUCCAGGUUGACGUAACUCUGUUUUCCUGAAGUUUCAACAAGAGUCAUAAGGAAAGAGAAUGGAGCUGCUGCUUACUCUAAAUCACAUAAGUCUAAAUACUUCUCAAAACUUCUGAGACCACCCCCCACCUCCCCCACCAAUAAAAGAUGCAGCCAGGAAGUUCUCCGGUUCCUCCACCUCCUCCACCACCACCACCUCUUCUUCCACCUCCACCACCACCUCCAGCCCCUGGACUCCCCCUAUCCCAUCAUGGACUAGGUAUCAUUGGCCGCCGGCAGUCCAGGAUGCGCAACUUUAACUGGGAGACCCUUCCCAAACACAGUGUGAUAGGAAAGCACAACAUCUGGACCGCAGACAAGACCGAUGGGGAAUAUGAGCUGGACACUGACCACAUAGAGGAGUUGUUCAGCCACAACCAUGGCCAGCAGCAUCCAAAAGGCCAGAGCCGCCAGAGUCUCAGGGGGCCUCUGCCUUCAGGUCAUGGAGCGGAAAUGGUUUCCAUCCUCAGUGCCAAGAGGAGCAUGAAUAUUGGAAUAUUCCUAAAGCAGUUCAAGCGGCCUGUAAAAGACAUGAUUAAAGACAUUAAGUCAGGGAAUGGUCUCAAUUUUGGCACUGGGAAAUUACAGGAGCUGUGCAGGUUGUUGCCUGAUGAUGGGGAGCUGAAGCAACUGAUUGGGUUUAAAGGCGACCCAUCUGCUCUCCCUGAAGCAGAUCUUUUUAUGUUAAUGCUGGUCAAGAUUCCCAGUUAUGAAGAGCGACUGAGCUGCUUGGUGCUGAAAGAUGAAUUUUUCCCUAUCAUGGAUGAAAUAAAGGAAUUCAUUGGUGCUCUGACUACAGCUGGAAAAGAGCUGUUAGAGUGUGACAAUCUCCAUUCUAUCAUUCGCUUGGUGUUGAAGACUGGAAACUACAUGAACGCUGGUGGCUAUGCAGGCAGCGCAAUUGGCUUCCGAAUGUCCUCUCUGCUGAAGCUAGCUGAUACCAAAGCAAACAAACCCGGAAUGAAUCUCAUGCAUUAUGUUGUAAUGCAAGCUCAAAAGGCAGAUGUAACUCUUCUGAUGUUUCCAGAACAACUCAGACACAUUGAAGCUGCAGCACGAUUAACUAAAAGUGACAUUGAAGCUGAGUUUGAAAGACAGGUGAAGAAAAUACAAGAUGCCAAAGCAAAUACCUUGAAACAAGAAGAUCUAAAGGCACAGAUGGAGGACUUUCUGAAGAAAGCUGAGACGUACUUGGACGACAUAAAGGCUGAUCUGGAAGAACUGCAGUCAGUCAGCGACUCAGUGGCUGAGUACUUCUGUGAAGACUCACAAACUUUUCGACUAGAGGAGUGUUGCUCAAUUUUUCACUCUUUCUGCGAAAGGUUUUUCCGGGCCAUACAGGAAAAUAAGGCCAGAGAGAUGGCAGAAGUGAAACGGAGACGCAUUGAUAAAUUACAGAAUGCAGUCAAGCGCAGAUCCACUGCUACCUGCUCAAGUAGAGACAAAGAAAUGGAUAAUGUUGCAUUGGAAUCUGUACUGCAGAACUUGCUCACCAAUCGCAUGUCUCGAAGGAGACCUGGCACGCCUUCAUCCGUACAAGAAAGUCCAAUGAGUGACUGUCCUACUAACGGAAGCUUAUCCGAAAUCAGUUCUGAGAUAAAACUUCCGACUGGAAUUCAAAACUAUAAAGACACUUUCAGAGCUAAUGAGAUGUGCAAAAAAGGAUGGAGCUCAGCAACUGAACUCACACAGUACUUUUCACAAGAAAAAGUUCAGUUACACUCUGAAAACAAUAAACCCGAAGGUGACAAUACCCAUAAGGAAGAGACAAUGGCUUCCAAAAAAGAGAACUCUCAGGACGUAGCAAGUCCAGCCAAAAUGACCCGCAGAACCCUCUCAACAAUUAAAUCUAUUUCCGCCAACACUGAGGAUGACGAGGAAGAUAUGCAAGACAAUAGUGCUGAAGAGGCCCAAAAGCUGCGUGAAGUGUCUAAAAAGGUUUUGCAGUAUCAGAGCAGCCGAAAUAGUGCUUCUUCAGUGGACUUCUCUUUGGAAAACCAGAAAUCUCCUUCAGCGAAGUCCAGCUUGCCUCGUCAGCUUACCUUCGAUGAGGAAACUCAAAGGUAUGCUGAUGACCCAACCAAUGAGGAUUUGGUUCAGCUUUUGCUCGGUCCUCAGUCUUCCUCAAAACAAAACCUCUGCCGCAGACACACUCUACCUCCUCAAAUUAAGGAACAGAAUAACCCGGAGACUCAGUCUACAGUUAAAAGCCCAAAUCUUGUGGAACAGGUCAAAGAAUCCCAACCAGAACAGAAUGCUGGAGAUGCACCCUCAAACCCAGUUUUUGAUUUCACUGAUCUGCCCCACAACUUAAAGAAAUCCAGUGAUCAGGACAAGAACUCUCCAUCAGCAGAGGAUCCUUCAGUCCACACUCCAAAUGAAGAGUUCCAGGAGCUAAACUCAAAGAACAAAUCAAUGGAGAGCACUGGAAGCCACCACCCCAUAAAACAUGAAGACGUUCUUCCCAGGAGUAAUUGGUUUAAGACUGAGAACCCUGGAUUUUUUUUCAGUUUUUUAAAACGCAUUGGAGACAUGGGAAAACAGCAGAACAGCAAGGAAACUGUUCCUACAGGCACCAAUUCUAGUGUGUAGGCACAGGACGUGUUUUAAAAGAUGACAAAAAUGUUUUACUUUGAAGCUUGUAUAAUUCAAAAUGUUAAUAUUUAAUUCACCAAUAUGAGCUAAAUUCAGGUAAAAUCUUGAUGAGCUAUAAUUACAGGCAUGAGGACAGUAUAGUGUUUUCCUUUAUUUUAAUUUUGAAAGAGACCAUUUUAAGAAACUGAAGAAUGUUUAAUUAGUAGAUGGUAUUUUGUAAGUUGUACCACUAGAUGGCAAGAUUGGACAGUAAGUUGAUACGGAGGAUUGAGUUGUGAAAAGUGCUUUGACCUCUCAGAGGCUAGAUUGAAAUGGUUUGUGCAUGUACAGAAGGAGGGACAGUAGGUAUAUUGAUAGAAGGGUGUUAGGAAUGUAACUGCCAGGAAAGAGACAAAGAAGAAGGUCAAAAGGAGAUAUAUUGAUGCAGUUAGAGAGGAUGUGGAAAUAAGUAAAGUGAGGACAGAGGAUACAGAGGACUGAGUAAGCUAAAGGAAGAUGACUUGUGGUGACCCCUGAAGAAAGAACAGCUGAAAGAAGUUGUUGAAAGUAUUUGUAGCCAAUUUGUAUGUUUUAAUUAUGAAAAGAAAGUUGGGCAAACUCACUCUAAGACAUUUGCUUAUACACUUUUUAUCCCCCCCAAAAAUGUUUUCCUGCCUCAGAUUGUCAUCCCAAAUUGGAUAAACGAGUACUUACUCUAGUUGUUCCUUGUUGGAAUUGAAAGUUCUCAAGAAUGUACAGAGGAAGUGUUGAGGGUGCUGAGGUUAAUGAUAGAAGAGAGAUGUUAGCUUAGACAAAACCAACUGAAACUGUAUUGAAAUGUUUUUGCAUAUAUCAUUGUUUGUUUUUUGUAAUUGUUAUUUUUUAAUUUAUAGUUGUUAAUAAUAUAUUUUCGUUGUAAUUCUUCUGAUUCCUUGUCUCUUGAUUAACAGACGCUCAGAGGCUUGUGGUCACUUUUACAGUCAAAUUGCUGUUUUUCUUUAUCUAAAAUGGGUCAGUGUUACAAAGGCUGUGUCUAUCUGAACACAACUGAACCAUGGGGAGUCUGUGAUAAAGUGAACAAUGCUGAGCCUGAGCUAACUUGUUACAGGCGUAACUAUGAAGGCAAUAUGAUACAAUAUAAGCAGCUAAAUAUAUCACCUUUAGGAGAACAUAAUCAGUCAAGCCAUCAGUCCAUAAAGUUUAUUCAUGGCAAAACUGUUGAUGCGAGUUUCAGUUAUUAAACUGAUUAAUUCAUCAAUAUUACUUUGGCUCCUCCCCUUUUAGGGUAAUAUGAAAAAAUGUUGAAGUGCACUUUUUAGGGAUGUAAUAUUUAAAAGGGUGAGAUGCAUUAACACUCAGACUCCAGCAAUUUAAAAGGCAACGUCAAGUAAGUUACAUUUUGUCAUUUUUUAAUGUAAUUGUCAAUAAAUAAAAAUUAAUUUAGCUAAUAAGAUUGUUGAGGAGUUCUAAAUCUAUUCUGCAACUAAAUGUUUGUAAAUAGUUGUAAACAAAAACAUAAAUGCUUAUUUAAACUUUACAGUGUUUGUUAUCAGUGAUAAUUAAUGAUAUAUUAUUAAUGGAUACUGAACCUGACAUUUGAAAUAACAACUUGAGCUUAAAGGAGGUUCUGUUUGGGCUUUUAAUAACUGUUUGAACAGUGCUGUUACUAAGUCUCAUUUAAAAAAACAAAGUGAUCCGUGAAGAAGCAAAUUAUUUGUUCUCCCCUUUGUUUAAAUAAAAAAAUGUGAUUGUUGAAA